CUCUCCCGCUUACUCUCUUAUUUAUCUCACCAAACAAAAAUUUCGAAACAGUUAGUUUCGCUCUCUUUAUCUCUGUCUCCAUCUCUCUCACUCUUAAAAACGAAACCAAUUAAGAAAAUUACAGAGAAAAAAUGGCGGCCUCUGCCAAGUUUCAAGCUUUACCUCCUCUCAAAAGAUUAAGACUGUUACAACAGCAAAACGAGCUUGAAAAUAACAAAGAAAAUGAACCCAUUACUUCAUUUCAACUUCCCGCCAAGAAACGUAAGCAGUCCCGCCACUCCCUUUCCCCUGAAAAAUCACUCGCCGCCGCCUCCGUUGGCGGCAGACCCACCACCUAUUCUUUGCCCGCCAAGAAACGGAUAUGGGCUUUUAAUCCCGAUUUCAUCUCAGAUUCUAACCCGUUUUCUCCGAUUGAUCUCAAUCUUGAGUAUAAACCCUCGUCCGACGACAUCGAAAUCAAACCGAUUCAAACCGCCGAUCAGAACUUACAACCAACGGAUGAUGAAGAAGAAGAAGAAGCUGACGACGGGAUUUUAUGCGCCGUUUGUCAAAGCACCGACGGCGACCCAACAGACCCGAUAGUAUUCUGCGACGGCUGUGAUCUAAUGGUGCACACUACUUGCUACGGUAAUCCGUUAAUUAACGGCGUUCCUGACGGCGAUUGGUUCUGUACUCACUGUUUAGCUUCUCAAUCUGACAACAAUAAUAACGAAAACCAAAUUCAAAUCUCGUGUUGUUUAUGUACAACUAAGGGUGGAGCUUUAAAGCCCACCAAAAACGGCCAAUGGGCGCACAUUGUCUGCGCAGUUCUGGUUCCCGAAGUGUUCUUCGAGGACCCGGUGGGGCGUGAAGGGAUUGACUGCUCGAAAAUCCCGAAAAGGCGGUGGGACGGGAAAUGUUGUGUCUGUAAGAGUAGAAAAGGGUGCGUUAUUGAAUGCUCUGAGGAAAAUUGUGGAUUGGCGUUUCAUGUUAGUUGUGGAGUGAGUGAAGAUUUUUGCAUUGAGUAUAAGGAAUGUAGGAGAAAAGAUGAGGCUAUUGUUGCUGGGUUUUGUAGAGAUCAUACUGUUCUUUGGAAGAAGCAACAGAAGACUGGGAAGUUCAAGAUUGUGGCUAAAGAUGAGCAUAAGAGGAAGUAAUUGACUGUUUUGAUGGGAAUUUUUUGUUUUUGUUUGGUAAUUUGGGAUUGGUAUAUGGAAUUUGAUUCACAGUUUUUUUGUUUUUGUUUUUCAUAACAAAGAUAUGCAGUUUUAUCAAUGAAAUUAGAGUUUCUGUUGAUUUCA